AUGAGUGACAACGGCCCGUGCAUUAGUCGAUUGUUCGUAACAGAUAAACCAUCAGGCAGACGUUUUCUUGUUGAUACAGGUGCUGACAUUUCGGUUGUACCUCCCUCUUUUGCCGAAUCCAAACGGCCGCCUGGAAAAUUUAACUUAUUUGCAGCUAACGGGUCAAAAAUUGCAACAUAUGGAGAAAUAUUAAUGUCUUUGGAUCUAGGAUUGCGUCGCAAAUUUCAAUGGCCAUUUGUCAUCGCUGCGGUUUCGCACCCAAUAAUUGGUGCAGACUUUCUGCAAAAAUUUUCUCUGUUGGUCGACAUUAAAAAUCGACGCUUACUCGACUCCAUCACACAAUUGUCCGCGGUAGGUAGCAUUGGAAAUGCCACUAAUUUUGGAAUUAAAUUAAUUUCCGGUAAUUCUCCUUUCCACAAACUACUUGAGCAAUACCCUAACGUCAUCCGCUCAGUAACUGGCAAACCGACUGCUGACCACGGUAUUGUACACGUCAUAGAGACUACUGGACCACCAAUCUUUGCCAAAGCAACGGCGGUUGCCUCCAGAGAAAUUAAAGGCUGCAAAAGAAGAAUUUAA